CGAGCAAAUCGUCCACUUCUUACGCCGUGUAAAGCUGCAUCAGCAAAGGAAAACAUGUACAGAGCAACCCUGUCUAGGUCGCAAUUCUCAACAUUGUGUUUCCUGUGGAGAUCACUAACGAGUUUCGAUGCUUGUUCCAGGGUAUCGACCAGGUGUCUGGCGCUAGGUCCGUUCGCUGCACGCACUUCAGAUACCAUGCCGAAGCCAUAGUGCGAGUGCUUUAUUACUGAAACAAUGCCACAUGGUGUUUAUAUGCAUCACCCCCGUUUUGCUACAUUCUUUAUCGCAAGCACAAAAAUGGAUUCGUAUCGCCGCCUCGUGUCACGAUACUCGUGGCUUGCGGCGACAAGCAAGAAUGCAGGAGAUUUUUUUAGUUUGUUAUUUUCCUUGGCGGCUAAAGCAGAGCUGUUCCAAUUUUCAUGUUGCGCGGCGCAGAAUAUACGAGAGUGCGGAAAUCGAGACGGCAGUUUCUGAUUUGCCAUGGUUCUUCCGCUUUUGUACCUUUUAGGUACAUCCUGUUCACAGGUGUUUCCAGUAGAAGGCUGGGGAAUUUCCACUUUUAUUAUCGUAAGGAUUCGUAAAGAAGAAACGGAUUGGUGCCGAUCCACUCAGUAAACAACUCCUUUCGCGUGUUUUUCCAUCUUGCGAGGGUCAGAGCCACCCAUUCGAGUGCCCUUUGCUUAUAUGGGAGGCACCACGCAGCGUUGUCGCCUCGCUAGCUGUUGUUUGUCGCUUUUUACAGAGUGGACAUAUGGUUGAGUGAAUUUGAUUUCCUAGUAGGUCUGUCCCGCAGUUACGGACAGACACAAAGAAAAGGCGGACCUUCUUAGCAUACUAGGGACCUUCCGAGUACAAUACCCGGAGGGACGUAGCGCGUGAUAGUCUCCAGCGGUACAGACGCAUUUGCUCGCCCCUAUUUUGUGUGGAUCUAAUUCCUUGCGCGAGAUGUGCACGUUUUUACACAGUUGGAGGUAGUAAACGUGGCUCUACAGCAGCUGACUUUGCCAAAGCUUUCUCGUUGUUGACAUCUCUGUCGAUGCAGCUCGGGACCGCGGAUCGUUUGCACAGUUAGCGUAUCCACUUGUAUAUGCUCCUACAGUGCCAGGCUUGCCUCCUCAACGUACAGCGUGGAACUGGGAACGCCAAAUUCCUCCCUAAAACGUGGAGAGCAUCCGUUCAAAGAAGGCUAAGGAGACGCGAAACUCCGUUCUACAAGGGGGAAGACAGUCAUGCCUUCCGAGUUAUUUACAGUUACAUCUACAUCUGUCUCUACAACUUGAGCGCGCGACCCAGUAGAGAGGAGCGGCACUCCAGGAGACAUUUCCUCAUCACCAGGGAACCAAUUUUGGGAGGUCAGACAAGCAUCUGCCUACUGAAUGAUGUACAAACACAGGAAAAUCCUGCGUCUACGCUUUUUACCGACUUGCUGGGUAUCUGUACAUCCGACUGUCGAGGAACUCUUGACAGAUUUGAAGCACUGAAAUGUGUCAGAAACGAACUCGCUGAAUUUGGAACCGCAGCUUGCUGUUUCACAUUUGAUGUAACAUUCAAUAAAACAUAAAUCGACAAGCACCCUCGACUCACGGACGCUUCUCCAAGAAGAGGGCAGCUAGUUCCCCGGAGGCAGCAGUGCAUGCAGUUCCUCGGUUCCGGUGGCCUUGCGGAUUUCGCUUGACUCGUGUCUUGUUUUCUCGUUGAAAACCAAGAUCUUUCGGUUGUUCUUUUUCUCAUCUAUCGGCUCUUCACACUCUCUUUCGUUUCAGAGGGAACUGAGGAGCUAAAGUGACUGCACUGGGAUUCUGAGCACGCGAGAGAUCGACUUUUGCACAGAGGCGGGAGGGUGUGUAUACGGAGAGAAAUCCUGCCGUGUAGAAGAGGAAGGACUUCGAUGUAACCCUGCCUCGAGUCUUGACGACGCAGAGGCGCUGCCAACUCAGGACGCUAGACUUGCAUUUCUCUCCUCUAUCGCUUUCUCCUCUCCGUUUGCAGCGUCUACACCGGGAGACACCCGACCGCUCGACGCAGCCGUUCACACGACUGCGUAUUGUUCCGCGGCAGGCUUGCAGACUGUUCGCACCUUUCCACUUCACACUUUGAAGAAGCCGACUGGCUCUCCUGUGUACAUGUUGGUGCAUUCUGCAAGGACCAAACAGACGAUUUUUUCAGGGGAAACCGCACCAGCGACAUGCGCAGCAGACGCUCUCGCGGUGUCUCGACAGUGUGUACAUGUCCUCUACUUGUUGUCUCGUCUUCUUCUCCUCGCAACGCCGUCAGCAACCUGAAAGGCCUUUCUGCCUCGGUUCUUGCUCCUCGCCCUUUGCUCUCGAGAACAACUUCUUCUUUUCUUUAUCGCCGCGCCUUCCUCCUUUCUCUGACAGAUGAUAUCUCCCGCUUCUCCGCCUUCUUCUCUCUCUCUCUUCACCAACCUCUCCUUCCCUGCAGCCCAGUCUGUCGGAGGGUUGAUGGGUGGCGAGUUGGAAUUCUUCUCCUCUCUCUUCGCGGUUUCGUCUAGCCUGCCUCUUUCCGUCUGUGCUUCGCGGUCGCGCUCGGACCUGUUCUUCUUGGGUGUUUAAUGAUGCCUCUCCCCUUCGCCACGACGCUCCGGCGAACGCGGAGAGGCAGCACAACAGACGCCCAUGCCAACCUAGGCAAGUCUUCUUCGUCUCUCCUUUCUUCUGUUUCUCUCGAGAAACUGAAAGUUUUUCGCUUGCGGUCUUCCUCUCGCGCUUCUUGGACGCAGUCUGCACAGUCGAAGCCAGGCCGUGCGAAGGCCUCGCGUCGGCAGUCGCAGGAACUCACUUGUCUCGCUUCUGCCCUCGCCUCGCAGCCACUGUUGGCGAAGCAUGCUGCCUCGACUCCAGGAUCUCCUCUCUCGCGAUGUGCAGACGAGAACCCUCGAUUUGUUUCCGAGCCUCUCCCCUGCGAUUCAGCUCAACUGUACUCAGUGAAAGACCGUAACACACAUUCUUCCUCUUCUUCCUCUUCCUCCUCUUCCUCCUCUUGUUCCCCUUCUUCCUCUUCCUCCUCUUCUUCCCCUUCUUCCUCUUCUUCGACUUCCUCCUCUUCUUCGACUUCCUCCUCUUCUUCGACUUCGCUGUCAUCACGGGAGAAGGGUGUGCAAGAGUUUUCCAGGAGUAUUUCUCAAGGUCAAAUGGCUUCCGCUCCCUUGCCCCCGUCGGCUCGGCCCAAGCCUUCUCCGGAUAGUUCGCCGCCGUCCGAGUUAUCUUCUGUCGCGUCUGCCUCGGCCUCGCCGCGCGGCUCCGAGCCUUCGCAGUUUGUCUCCCCGCUGCCGACCCUCCACACGCCGGAGACAGGCGGAGAUUCUCCGGCCUCGCCUCCGACCGCGGUCGUUGGGGCGCGGCGUCCUGCGACUGCGCCGUUCCUCGCGGAAGCUCCUCGUCCCCUUCGAGCCGCACUGGCUGCUGAAAAGAGACGAGCCUCGAACAUGCAUGAAGCGCAAGCUGUGUCGCCGUCGUCCGCCGCUUCGCCUGUCCAGGCGGACCGGCCGGAGACAGCAGCGACGGGGGAGAAGCGAGGAGACUUCUUGGCGCCGUCCGUGGGGCGUCUGAGCGUGACAAACGGGAAGGCGUCCAGGUCGGGAGUUUCGUCUCCUAACUGGUUGUCUCAGGAGGAGUUGGAGUGGGCGCUGGUGCCCGAAAAGGACGCGAAACUCUCUCCCCACUCUCGCGGUGAAGAAGAGACAGAGGCGCCGCAGCCGAGGCGCGUCUCCACCUCCUCUCUGUCUCCGCACUCCUCCCCGCCGCCCUCCCCACAGUGCUGGGCUAUGCACCUGCCGGCGUAUCGCGGAUCAGACGAUGAGUUUCUCGAGUCAGAAGCAGCAGCUGAGUCUGUACGUCUGGGCCGCGAAGAAGAAGGCUUUCGCACGGAAGAGGCAGCCUCUGGCCGGCUUCCGAGCGACACCGGUCAUGCCGAAGCCAGACCUGAGAGACGCCCUGUUUCUUCACCACUGCUCUUUGCGGGUCCUCUGUCGUCUGCCUCGCUCUCGGCGGUUCGCGCGUCCAACAUGACGCGUCAUCAGGCGUCCGCGAGACCUGCGAGGUCGGACCUCGUUUCCAUAUUCUCUACCGCAGACGCGUCGCGCACACAGACUCGCAGCCUGAGCCGCGAGGCCUGCAACUCGAGUAGCCAGGGAACGCCGGACGCGAGAGCACACGCUCCAGCGCUGCGCCGGAGCACGAACGAGAGACCACCAGCCGAAAGUUCCGAGCCCGAGGGAGAACCCGAAUAUACGGCGCAUGCAGGUGCGGGAAUUCUUCUCCCGUUCCUAGAAAGUGCCAAUCGCAAGGGCCUGUUUGUCGAACUGUUCACCGCCGAAGAAGCCGCAAAGGCUCUGGCGGCCUACCUCACCGACGUGGAACGAGGAAGGUGCUGCGCCGUCUGCAAAUUAUGGUACAGCGAGUUGAAUUCGCUGGAACUGCUGAAAAUCCACUUCGGGAAGCGCGGCUUCCCUGCCGGCGGCCGGCGCGCCUUGUGGCGCCUCGCGCUCCUCGGCGACGAGGUGCUCUGUACAGCUGAAGAGUAUCAGAGUCUCUCUCAGAUACCCAGCGCGGACGACCCAGAAAUUCUACGCGACGUCGGACGCACCUUUCCGUAUCGAAAAAAGUUCCGGGAACCUGCAAUGCAACAGGCGCUCGAACGCAUACUGAGGGCGUCGGCGAAUCAGCUGCCGAAGGUCGGCUACUGCCAAGGAAUGAACUUCGUCGCAGGUGUGUUGCUCGAGGUACUGGGCGACGAGCAGACUGCGUACCAGUGUCUAGCGUCGUUAAUGAAGUCCUACCAACUCGACCAGGUCUACUCUCCUUCUCUUCACCGUGUCAAGGUGAUCGUUUUUGAAUUUGACUGCCUUCUAAAGGCCUUUCUCCCCAAACUGCAUGCGCAUUUCGAAAAACAACACAUUCGACCAGACUACUACUGCGUCCAGUGGGUCAUGACUCUGUACGCUUAUGAGUUACCUCUCUCUGUGGUCGUGAAAAUCUGGGACCUCUUCUUAUUGAAAGGAUGGAAAAUUCUCUUCAAGGUCGGCCUCGCCAUUCUCGACAGCGUCCGCUCUGUGUUGCUCUCGCUCUCCUACGAAGAUACGCUACAGCACAUUCGCUGGGCCUCGGCUGCUGCCACAGCGGCGACGGCGCCCUCGGACGUUCUGGAAAAAAAAGCAGACGAACAGAGAAGAAGAAACGCCAUGAAAUACUCCGCACCCCACUUGAAGGAUACGACUACAUGCGAAAUGCCGUCCGGUGACUCUUCUUCUUCCUCCUCUUCUUCCUCCUCUUCCUCCUCUUCCUCCUCUUCUUCUUCCUCCUCUUCUUCUCCAUCUUCUUCUUCGUCUUCUUCCUCUUCUUCUCCCCCUUCUUCUUCUUCGUCUUCUUCUUCCUGUCCCGGAGAACCUGAGGGUGACGAAGCGGCGGCAGACACCCAGGAGGUUUCUCUCUGUUCUGUCUCCGAGGGCGAGAGAGGCGCAGUCCUGGAAACGAAAGAGACGAGUCAGCCGGACGACGAACAGGCUGGGGUGGAGAGACUGCUGGAGCGCAUGGCGCGUUUCCCUGUGAAAACAAAAAUGCUGCUUGCUCUCGAAAGAGCCUACGAUCGCUUCGGAGACAACGCAGAGUUCCUCAUUGUCAGAGACAAGGCUUCGAAGAAACUGCGGUGGUGCGUGAGAGCGAGACGUCCAACGCGCCCGCGCCGACCUGACGCUCAGGACAAACGGGCGCAGCAGUGGGGAGUAGGUCCUUUCGACUGGGGAUUCUUCGGGACCGGCGCAGAAGGCGCCUCUGGGGUGCGUGCAGGGAACUCCGGAUUCCAAGGCUUCUCGUUGUCGAUUUUCUCGGACUACUUUGCUCCCAACGGCGCGAAGACAGACACCGAAGAAGAGGCGGAAAGCGGCCGAGGCGAAGAGGCCGCGUGAUAACGGAGAGACAGAGAAAGAAGGAGACAGCGGCAGAGCGCAAGAGAGUCGUCCACAAGCGGGGAGGGUGGGGGUCGACCGGCGAAGGAGGAGCAGAAGGAGAGACGAAGAAACGGUUCAGAAGAGGAGCUGAAGAAACGAAAAAAACAUUCUCGUGAAAGAGAAGACGAUUGCGAACGCUGUUUCCGUUCUGGAAGCUGGGCACAGAGGAAAAUCCAGUACCUGCUAGUCGAGAGUUUCGAGAAAAACAAACAAAACGUGAAGGCGAAGAGACAGAGACGCCGCAGUGCGCUGCCAACGAGGCAAACACAACUUAGCGAAAUCCGUACGGAAAGAGACGAGAUGUCUGCACGAACAAAGCAUUCGCAUGCAAGCCACUCCACACAUCCACGCUUGUCACGACUCACAUCUGUACAGGACAUUUAUAUAUAUAUAUAUAUAUGUAAAUACACAGCUCUUUACGUGGAUGUAGUUAGACACCCACUGAAUGAUAUUUAUAUAUAUAUAUAUAUAUAUAUAUGGAUAUUUGGAUAGGUUGAUGCAGGGUCGCAUGCGAAAUCGUGUCGAAGUAUCGGUGAGUGUCCGUGGUCGCGUAGAGAGUCGUGCAAGGUGGGUUUUGGUGGACGAUGUCUCUGCUUUCGGCUGAUUUUUUCCGGAAGAAUCACAAGGAUCACCCUGCAAAGAAUCCAUCUAUCUCUUGUGUCAUGAACCGCUUUUUUCGCUGAAGACAAAGAACCGACUACGCAUGAACUUCGUCGUUGAUUCUCGUCUUUCGAGCCUCCGCUUCGACAUCUUCUCGCUCCGCAGUCUCCCGCGUCGUCGACUCUCUCUUAACUCGGCAUUACGAGUUUCGCCGUUCUCUCUUUCCACCAUUUUCUUCUCACUUCUGUCGGGGACAAGCAUUGCCUUGUCCUAUUCAGGCAGUAGGUAGAGUUGUUGGCCAGCAGACGUCGUCCUUGUUCCACCACCUAAUCAUAAUCUCCUGCUCCAUGUAGUAAGGACUGUUCGCAACGUGUAACGGUAAUAGAGAACUCGGAGUUCGUGUCAAGUCGUUUCUUUUUUCCUCUCUUCUGUCACACCGUCUCUCGUAUUUCCCCUGUGUCAGUGGCCGAUGGUGAUCCGAGC